ACACACACACACAUGACAUCAUUUGUUAGUCUUUUUAAAAACAUUUCCUGUCCUCUCGAGACUGACGUGUGUGCAUGAAGGGACUGCACCCAGGACUAAACAGCAGAGAGCGCUUGUCCGACAUGUCUCAACUUGCAAAGGAAGGAGAAGAAAUGCAGCGUCCCGCAGGGAGAGAAGACCACCUGACUGACGACCAGAAGAAAGUGGCGAGCAGCGGACCAAAGAGCAAGACACUGCAAGUCAUGGAGGAGUGUGAGAAAAGGGGUGAAGUCGCUCCCUCGGUGUUUGGCGGCAUGAAGUCAGGAGGAAACACGCACUCAGCCAGGAAGUAGACGUCACUUUCCCUCCCAAGACAAGGCACUUUUUCACUCUUUUUCAUAUUCAUACACACAAUAAUAUCUGAGCUGGUGUUGUGGCUGGACAACACAGAUGUGCUAUUAGGAAAACAUGUCAACAAUAAUAAAACGUCUCCCAUGACAAUGAUGACGAUGUCAAGUUGAGAUGUCCGAUAAUGGCUUUUUUGCCGAUAUUGUCCAACUCUUAAUUACCAAUUCCGAUAUCAAGCGAUACCGAUAUAUACAGUGGUGGAAUUAACACAUUAUUAUGCCUAAUUUUGUUGUGAUGCAUUAAACAAUGUAACGAGGUUUUCCAAAAUAAAUCAACUCAAGUU